GUCAUUAAGAACAAAAACUCUCCAAUGAGCUCUGCACCAAACCCUCGUCCUUCAAGGCAAGAAUCCGAUCUUCUGAGUCGCUCUGUAAAGCGAGUUAGAGGGGAUGAUCACCCCCCAAUUGCAGAAGAUUUCCAAAUGAUAGAGGAGCCUACUCAGCCAAUCUCGUACAAAGAUUUGGUGAUGCGCAACGAGCCAAUUGAGAUCAGUUGCGACACGUCUGCCAAUCCCAACUACCUCGAAGAAGAAUCAGAUGAAGAAGAUGAUGGUACCAUGCCCACUAUCCUCAUCUCGAAGGAGGAGAAAAAGAGAAUUCGAGCACCCUGGGUCAAUUCUAUAAUAAUCAAAGCUUUUGGGACGGACAGAGCUGGUUAUAACUUUGUGUACCCAAGAAUUAAAGCUCAAUGGAAGCCAAAGGGUCGAUUGGACUGCAUAGAUCUUGGCUUGGAUUUCUUUCUUAUUCGAUUUCAAGAACGAGAGGAUUUGGCGAGGGUCCUACACGGAGGUCCUUGGUUUGUAGGGCCAUAUUAUCUCACAAUCCGACAGUGGGAACCUUCCUUCAACCCAGAGAAAGCAGCGUUCACCACAACGGCGAUUUGGGCGAGACUUCCUCGGCUCCCAAUUGAAUUUUACGACAGGCAAAUUCUGGAAAGGAUUGGAAAUCUACUGGGUACUCCACUGAGAAUCGAUGCGCAUACGGCUCACCAAAGCAGAGGUCAGUAUGCUAGAAUUUGUAUCCAAGUGGAUUUAGAUGAACCGCUAAUACCAUGUAUCAGGAUAGUUCCUCUUGUUCCUGUCGAAAUGGAUACUGAUAAGGAGACUAAUAUGGACUUGAGUAUGAAUAACGACAAUACUGAUUCAGUCUCCAGUGAUCAAAAUUCCUUUGGACCAUGGAUGGUUGUUGAAAGGAAGAAGAAUAGAAAGAAAUCAAAUGGUAGAAUCCCCCAAACCAAAAUGCAACAUGAGAAACAGAGCAUUCCUCAAAACCGUAACUCAGAUAAGCAAAUAUCACGAACAGAUAAGAUUUUGGCCCCAGAUAAGAUUACGGCACACUCUAGAGAGACACGUGGAAAGGAAAGCUUAAAAUGUCCCUUUAGUCAACUGAAAUCCUUGCACAAUGGCCAGGAGCUACAACUUGAGUCUUCCCGCUCCAAUAGAAGUGUGGGUCAUGGAUCUGGGUUCAUUCCAGAAACUCAGUCAUGUGUGGGACAUCCUACUAGUCAACGAGGACAAGACCAUCCCAUUGGAGAAGGCUCUAUCAAUGUUACUGCAAAAGGAAACCCCUCCAAUCGAAGGGGCCAUAUGGGGACGGGAAGAGGACAUUCUGGGAUGGGAUAUUUGGGAAGAACAGAUUUCGCCAUAGAUCACCAUCGUCCCCCACCUCAGUCCAUUCUUGAACAAAAUCUCCAUGUUAGGACGCAUGAAGACGGUCCAUCUAGUACUCCGACAGGAGGAAGUACAAUGCUCAAUGAUGGCUCGUUACAUUCAGACCCUACUCCCGUAUUAUUUUCCAGAGUGUGGUCAAUGAAGGUGAUUUCAUGGAAUUGCCGCGGAGCGGCUAAUCCUAAUUUCAAACAAAUGGUGAUGGAGAUCAUAAGGGAACACAAUCCAAGUAUCUUUGUGGUUAUGGAAACGAAGUUGGGUGAAACUAGAUCCCAUGAAGUUGCUCAAACUCUUGGUUUUCCUAGAUGGGAGAUUAUGGAAGUUGAUGGAUUUGCUGGUGGUAUCUGGUUACUUUGGGAUGACACUCGCUUCACCAUUAACAUCCUUUCUAGGGGAAGGCAAGUCAUCCAUGCGAUGGUCAAGGUAAGAUCUCAUCCUUCUUACUCUAAUUUCCAUUGGUUUUUAUCUGUUGUUUAUGGUAGACCUCAAUUUGAUAUUAGACGUUUACUCUGGGAUAAUAUGACCCAAUUUUCUGAUAAUAUCAGUGGCCCUUGGAUGGCCAUUGGGGAUUUCAAUGAUAUUAUUUCUCAAUCAGAGAAAUUUGGGGGAAACCCUAUGCCUGAGUAUAGAAUUAAAGCCUAUAUUGAUUGUAUGAACUCUUGCAACCUUCUGGACUUGGGGUAUCAUGGUCCAAAAUACACUUGGGUGGGUAAGAGAGAGAAUAACCAAACUAUUAGGGAGAGGUUAGAUAGAGCUUGGGCCAAUCCUUCUUGGAAGGAAAAGUUUCCUGAAGCUUUUGUCCAACACCUCCCUCGAAUUAUCUCUUAUCAUUGUCCAAUCGUGGUUUCCCUUGACCCCUUUAUUCCCAAGGUAGGGGAGAAACCUUUUCGCAUGGAAAAAUUUUGGAUGGAGCACCAUUCCUUUAAAGAUUUAGUUCAUGCUAACUGGGCCUUAAAUGAUCUUUCUCUUUCGGAUUGUGUUGAGAAUUUCAAAUCUAUUGUUAAACUUUGGAGUCGAGCUACCUUUGACAAUCUUAUGAAAAAGAAAAGAGAAAUAUCUGCCCGAUUGUCUGGUAUUCAAAAAGCUCUUCAAUUCAAAAGCAGUACCUUUCUUUUGCAAUUGGAAAAAGACCUUACCAAGGAAUACCAACUUAUCCUCAAACAUGAAGAGGACAUGUGGUUCCUUAAAUCUCGCACCCAAUGGAUUGAAGAUGGUGAUAGAAACACCAGAUUCUUUCAUGUUACUGCUCUUAAAAGAAGAACUUUCAACAGAAUCAGGUGUCUUAAAGAUGCUAAUGCAUUUCUAGAGGGCCUAAAAUUAAUGAUGGCAGUUGGGGUGAUCUUGUGCUCCCCCUCUACUGAUGCCGAGAUCUGGUUUGCUGUUAAGUCCAUGAAGCCGUGGAAGGCUCCUGGGCCAGAUGGCCUUCAUGCAGCUUUUUUCCAACAAUAUUGGGAUUCUAUUAAUUCCAAGCUUUGCAAUGAAAUUAGGCUAGUUUUCUCUACUGGAACUAUGCCAGAAUCUUGGAAUAACAGUCUCAUUUGUCUCAUUCCUAAAGUUCAAAAUCCUGAAACUAUAUCGCAAUUUCGACCUAUUGGGCUUUGCAAUGUUGUUUACAAAAUUGUGACUAAGAUUAUUGUGCUUCGUCUUAAAGAUUUGAUUGGGGAUCUUAUUUCCCCCCUCCAAUCUAGCUUUGUCCCAGGGAGAAGGGGCAUUGAUAAUGUAUUUCUUCUUCGAGAAUUUGUCUACAGCUUUGCUAAAAAGAAAGGACGAAUGUCUAUUAUCAUGUCCUGCAUUUCAUCCACCAGUUUCAACGUGAUUAUCAAUGGUAGCACUACCAAUAAAUUUCAACCAUCUAGGGGACUCUAUCAAGGUGAUCCCCUUUCCCCUUACCUCUUCAUGUUGUGCAUUGAAUUCCUCUCUAUUAAGAUUAGCGAAGAGGCUAGGAACGAUGGUUGGAAUGGCUCUAAGAUUGGGAAAAUGGGUCCUACUGUUUCACAUUUGUUCUUUGCUGAUGAUUUAAUAUUCAUAGGCAAAGCUUCUAUGGACAAUGCUGUAUAUCUGGAUAACCUAUUAAAGUUCUUCUGUGACAGAUCUAGCCAAAAGAUUAAUUUCGCCAAAUCAAAAAUUCUAUUUUCUUGUAAUGUCUCCGUGGCUACUAAAUUAGAUAUCUGCUCUAAACUGUCUAUAAAUGAAACCUUUGCUCUCGGGAAGUACCUUGGAUUUUCUAUCACCCCAAAAAGGCUCUCAAAAACAGAUUGCUUGUUUAUUGUGGACAAAGUUAGAACUAAAUUGGCGGGAUGGAAAGCCAAUAUGCUUUCCAGGGCUGGAAGAAUUACUCUUGCAUCCUCGGUUCUAUCUGCCAUUCCUAACUAUUAUAUGCAAGGUAUUUACCUUCUAGAGGCUGUUCACAAGGAACUUGAUUAUCUCUCUCGACAAUUUAUUUGGGGAACUUCUAGGGAGAGAAGGAGACCUCAUCUUGUAUCAUGGGAACGGAUUACCCAGCCUAAAAAAGUUGGAGGUCUAGGCCUUAGAUCAUCCAAGGAAGCUAAUCAAGCUUCCAUGGCUAAAGCUCACUGGAGGCUUCUCACUGAAAAAGAUAAACUAUGUCAUAUCCUCAUGAAGGGGAUUAAAUGGAUUCCUCGAUCAGGUGACAAAAUUCUGUUCUGGUCGGAUAAUUGGGUUGGCAACAGACCUCUCAAUGAGGUCCUUUACGGCCCCUUUAGCCUGAAUGGGGAAAACCUCAGGAUAAAUGAAGUUAUUCGCCCUUCUGGCGAAUGGGAUUGGGAUAGCAUUGAAUAUCCACUCCCUGAAGAUAUUAAAAGCAAAAUUAAGGCCAUUACCAUCCAAUCUGUGUCUCAAUAUCAGGAUGGUUUCUGUUGGGGCCUUUCCUCUAAUGGUCUUUUUCAAACUAAAUCUGCUUAUUAUUUAGCCAAGAACAUACCUAAUGAGCUUCAGGAAUCUUGGCUUUGGGUUUGGAAUAUACACUCCCUUCCUAAAAACCAACACUUUAUUUGGCAAUUAAGACAUGGUAAACUUCUCACUAAAGAGGUUCUUUUUGCUUGGGGUAUUGCUGAUUCUGAUUUGUGUCCUAGGUGCCAAAGGGAACCAGAAUCUCUUAAUCAUCUUUUUAGGGAAUGCCCAUAUUCUAAUCUUCUCUGGGAUGCCCUCACCCCCUUCCCCAUUAAUGCUAUGUUUCUUGACCUUAAUUUUGCUGAUUGGUUGAGGAGCCACUCUUGCCUUCAAACCAAUGUGGGAGGUUUAAAGUGGAAUACCAUCUUUUCUUUCAUUAUAUGGUCUCUGUGGUAUCUCAGAAACCAACUUGUUCAUGAGGGAAAAAAUCUUCCCAUUAAUGUGGCAUGUGAUCUUAUUCAAUCAAGAAUUGUAGAUUUUCAAAAGUACUACAGUUCUAAGCAACAAAAACUCCCAGGCAAAGCCACUAUCUUUGUCAAAUGGAAUCCUCCUCCUGAAGGGGCUAUCAAGUUAAACACCGAUGGAUCUGCUUUUGGAAAUCCUGGCAUGGCAGGAGCCGGAGGAGUGUUCCGAGAUCACUUGGGAAAUUGGAUCUUGGGAUUUUCUCGUAACAUUGGUCACACUACUAGCAUUGCGGCUAAGUUAUGGGCCAUUCGUGACGGUCUUAAACUUGUUGUUUCUAGGGGAUAUAAUAGGCUUAUCUUAGAGACUGAUUCACGUAUUGCUCUUACUCUUUUGCAUGCUGAAAAUUGUAAUUUUCACUCACUUGCUGUGCUUAUAUCUGACUGCAGGGUUCUCCUACGCCAGCUCCCUGAUGUGCAGACCACUCACAUCUACCGUGAAGCUAACUCGAUCGAUUGCAGACUGCUUAGCCAAAAUGGGCACUAGAUUAAAUAAUCCCUUUGCUGUUUUUGAACAAUGUAAUAUGAAUGUUGCUAUGUUGUUGCUCUCAGACACUAUUGGGAACUCAGUUCCCAGGGAUGUAACUAUUAUCUAAU